AUGAUAGCCACCUUCAAUUCCAUGGACAAAGAUGAACGUGAAGAACUCAUUUACACUUUCGAAGCGAUUAUCACCUUCAUACCUGGUCUCAAGGAUCAGUUAGCAUACAUGGGAGAGGACAUUGAUGCCGUUGAUAUCCUUGGGUCCUACCUCAAUCACUAUGCCACCGAUGCUCGUGAUGAUCACCUCGGCUCUCUUCGGGAGCGCAUCAUCAACUACAUACCAGAUUUCGGCGACGGAUACCCUACAUUGAAGCCACAAGAUAGCAAAUGGAAGCGUGGUUUCCAGAGCACCACAACCGGCUGCCUGCUUUGCCCCCAGUCCAUGCUUUCGGAUUUUCUAGCUGAACCUGAUGGUUUCUGCCGCCAAGUUUGCGAUGGUGAGAUCGAUGUCGCUUCUGACGAAUUUCCAUCGUUUCUGUAUGAUCAAGAUCUCUAUGAUCCCGACGAAUUGGAUGCAGGGUUGCUUAAAGGCCCAGUGCUUCUCUCGUGCUUCAAGUCAUUAAUUACAGGUCCCGGUAGUGCAUCAUCAAACCGUGGAGACCGUGAGGGCGGGAGCAGCAGACCCGGACGCCCACCUCUCGCAAAAAAGUAUGAUAUGACUCACGUCAGUCCUAGGAGUAUCGCAUACGUGGCAGUCCUGGUCCGCUUCCUCUUGAACAGCCAGCACUCAUGGUCCAAUAUUGACGUCAACUUCAAUCUCGAAGAGUUCUUCUUUGAAAUUCUCCGGCUCUUCCAGGACGAAGAAUGGGGGGAAGCCACAUUAGAUUGGUGGAACAAAUCGGUGUUCGGUACACCCGCAAAGAGCGCGAAAAAGAAAACCCGGCCACAAUCAGCAAUUGCUAAGUUGAAGGCUCAGCGCGCGGCUCGAGCAGCUGCGCAAUCCGGCGCCAUUUGA